AUGAAAACUCCACCCACCCAAAAGAUGAUUGACAUGUUGUACUUCGUGGUGAUCAUGCUGGUGGUGUUGAUGAGUUUCGGCGUGGCUCGGCAGGCCAUCCUGCACCCUGAUGAGAUCCCAACAUGGCGUCUGGCCAGGAACAUCUUCUACAUGCCUUACUGGAUGAUCUAUGGGGAAGUGUUCGCUGACUCCAUAGACCUCUAUGCAAUGGAAAUCAAUCCACCAUGUGGUGAUAACAUGUACGAUGAGGAUGGGAAGAAGCUUCCUCCUUGUAUCCCCGGAGCCUGGCUCACUCCAGCCAUCAUGGCCUGCUACCUGCUGGUGGCCAACAUCCUCCUGGUCAACUUACUCAUCGCUGUCUUCAACAACACCUUCUUAGAGGUCAAGUCCGUCUCCAACCAGAUCUGGAAGUUCCAGCGUUACCAGCUGAUCAUGAAGUUCCACGACCGGCCCCUCCUCCCUCCGCCCCUCAUCAUCUUCAGCCACAUCUACAUCGUUCUGAAAUACGUCUUUCGUCGCUGCAAGAGGAGAACAGAGGGAGAGCAGGACGACAGGGACAACAAAGGACUACAGCUGCUGCUGAACGCUGAGGAGCUGAAGGCUCUGUAUGACUUCGAGGAGCAGUGUGUGGAGGAGUAUUUCAGAGAGAAGGAGGACGAGGAGCAGUCGUCUAGCAACGAACGCAUCCGGGUCACAUCGGAGAGGGUAGAGAACAUGUCGAUGCGUCUGGAGGAGGUGAACGAGAGGGAGCACUCCAUGAAGGCUUCCCUGCAGACGGUGGACCUGCGACUGGGUCAGCUGGAGGAGUUCUCUGGACGUAUGAUGAACGCCCUGGAGAAGCUGGCCGGGGUGGACCACAACGACCUGGUCAGAACCCAGUCGGGGGUCUCCUCGGUCUGCGACACGUCCUCUCUGCUCCGUCACAGCUCCAUCAACAGCUCUGACGGCUACAGUCUGUACCGGUACCACCUGGAGAUGGGAGAUGACACCCGCUCUGAGGCUGGGGACAUCAGGAGCCCUGAGAGGAAGGGUAGCCAGAGGAAGGUGGUUGAGAGGAAACGGAGUAUGAGAGAAACCACGACCAGCAUCACGGCCUCUGUGAAGGAGUACGGAGCCACGUUAGACGUGGUGGGCCCCAGAGAGAGGAAUCAUUCCAGCUCCAGUGUCUCUGUCUGCGAAGGGGCGAAGGAAACCCCAACCCAGAGGCCUGAGGUUCCUACAGAGGCUUCUCCACCGCCCUGCAGCCCUGCAGCCUCGAUGGACGCGGCCCUGGAGAAGGCAGGCGUGACCAUGGAGAAGAUCAAGCUAGAAGCAGCCAUCUCAUACCCUCUGGAGAGGCCGAUGGGGAGAUGA